UUCGCUCGUUUCGUACAAAAGCCUGUCAAAUUCGAGUCUGUUUCAUCGAUUUUUGAAGUAACGUGACGAAACUGAAUAAUUAUAUAUAUAUAUAUAUAUUAUAUAUAAAUUAUAAAUGCAUAAAGCAAGGUCGAUAAGAUUAAUACUUAAAAAAAAUUACAGUAUGAUUCGUCAUCAACAAGACAUGAGUAGUGAAGCACUGAUCAGGCCUAUAGAAAGUUCAAUUAAAGAAAAGCUGGCAGCUGCACUUAAACCCCUUCACUGCGAAGUUAUUAAUGAAUCCUAUAUGCACAAUGCUCCUAAAAACUCUGAGACGCAUUUUAAGGUAGUGGUUGUAACCGAAAAAUUCGUUAAUCAGCCGUUGAUAAAGCGACAUCGAAUGAUAAACCAGUUAUUGCAAGCAGAACUGCAAGGAGGUGUACAUGCUCUAUCAAUUAUAGCGAAAACCCCAGAGCAAUGGGAAGCAAGCAAUAAAACAGUGGCUGCAAAUCCUGCUUGCAGGGGCGGUUUUGGAAAGUAAUGUGUAAUGAUGUAACAAUUAGUUAUAAAUAUGAGGGUAAUAAUUUAAGUUACAAAAAUAAUUUACAUAAAAUAAG